AUGGCAAUGACGAUAGUUACUCUUGCCCACCCCCAAUCACCCGGACACCGACAAACACACAAGGUUCACCGCCACGAGCAAUCAAGUCUCGACUGUCACCUCAACGCAGUUGAAAGAAAAGGAAACAUGCAGACCAUGAACACCAAUGCCUAUGUAGCCAAAACAUCCACUUGCGCAACUAUAGAGCUAGACUCAGACGUAAUCCAAUGCCACCAUUGCCAAGAAUCAUGGACAGCACUACCAGGACAAUUCGGUGCCAUGGAUCUGGGGAUGAGAAUGACCAGGGGCAAGAUUCCGGCCACCACAGUUAUGAAUAUGGCGAUUUUAGCAACGAUGGGGAGAAACAAGGAGAUAAUCAGGACCAUGCGGACUAUUAGAAUGAGGGCGAAGGCGAGGGAGACAAUCAAGGAUAUUGGGGUGGAAAUCAUGGCAAUCCGAAGUCAGAUGGAUUGUGGGAAGGGUGAGGCCUGGGCAGAGGGGGAUUAUGUGAUGGAUGCUCGGAAGGAAUAUGUUUCUGAAUGUAAAUAG